AUCCCAGGUGCUUACAUUGUCGAGUUUGAAGACGGCCAUGAAGAAGCAUCACUGUUUAGCGACCUCCGGCGGCACGGCCUUGCUGCGACCAAGCGACUAAAUCUCAACUAUACCCUGUUUAAAGGAGCGUCCUUUCAGCUGGACGCUGUCGACUUGGAUCCUCAUUCCACUUCCGUCAGGAUCGCGACUGUUCCCUCGGUGAAGCAGGUGUGGCCUGUUCAACGAUAUAAGCGACCGGCCAAUACAACACUCAGCUCGACAAGCAGCGACCCAGAUCACUUGCCCAAUGUAUCGAAUCUGCAGCGCAGAGCAGCAUCGGAGAACGAUACAUAUGCAGUUCAUGCUCAGGUUCAAGUUGAUAAACUCCAUGCGGAGGGAAUCACCGGCAAGGGCAUCAGGAUCAGCAUCAUCGACACAGGAGUCGACUUCAACCACCCUGCUCUGGGCGGCUGCUUUGGCAAGGGCUGCGUUGUCAGCUACGGAAGGGACAUGGUUGGUGAUGACUACGACGGCAGUAACACUCCUGUGCCUGGUCCCGAGCCCUUGAGCACCUGCGACGGCCAUGGAACGCAUGUCACGGGCAUUAUCGGAGCCUUGCCAAACCCCAUGGGCUUCAUUGGUGCUGCCCCUGAUGCGACUAUUGGCAUGUACAGGGUCUUUGGUUGUAGCGGUGACGUUGGAGCCGAUGUUGCCAUCUCAGCAGUCAACCAGGCUUUCGAGGAUGGGACAGACAUCAUCACCCUCUCUCUCGGCGGAGCGUCCGGCUGGACAGAAGACCCCUUCUCUGUUGCCGUGUCCCGGAUCGUCUCGGCGGGCGUCGUCUGUACCGUGGCCAACGGCAACUCGGGUUCUGCAGGACUGUUUCUUGCCGGAACUCCAGCAAACGGCAAAGGCGUCACUGCAGUUUCUUCGGUCGAGAGCACUCUGACGCCAUACCUGGGAACGGGAGCCUUCGUGAGUACGGAUAACUCGACGGCAAACCAGACCCUCUUUGUCUAUACUCCUGGCGCUUUUCCAUUCCCCAACAACAUCACUCUCCAAGUAUGGCCAGUGACACCGGAAGUCACCACGGAUGGCACUUAUGGUGCUUGCAAUCCUCUCAGUAACAAGGCCCCGGCCGACCUCAGCGACAAGGUCAUUCUGGUCAAGUAUGAUUCUGCUUGCAGUUCGUGGACGGAGGUGAGCAACCUGCAGAAGAACAAUGCCACGUAUUUCAUGUUCUGGUAUAACAUAUCUGAUCCAACCGACAGUCCUUGGUCUAUCGGGGCUACCAGUGCCUCUGGUCUCGGAAUGACAGGCUACUCCCAAGGUGUCCAGUGGCUGAACGAGCUCAGCAGUGGCAAGGAUCUCUGGUUGACGUUUGUGGAGUCAUCGUCAUCCACCAAGGCCGGUGUCUUUGUGCCCAAUGCCAUCAAUCCCAACUACAUUGACACUUUCACCAGCUGGGGCCCGACGUGGCAGGCUGAUGUAAAUCCGUCCAUCAGCACUCCCGGCGGCACCAUCCUGUCUACGUGGCCGUUGCCCUCUGGAGGCUACUAUAUUGAUACGGGAACUUCUAUGGCCACGCCGGUUAUGGCCGCUAUCUACGCUCUCGUCAUGCAAGCUCGAGGCAUCCGGGACCCGAAAGCUCUCCUCAACUUGGUAUCGUCAACGGCCCUGCAGCUACCCUUUUAUGAUGGGGCAACGCUGUAUCCCACCGAGCUGGCUUCCGUAGCGCAGCAGGGCGCAGGGCUGGCUCAAGCAUUCAAGGCCGCUCAUACAACAACGCUGCUCAACGUUCCCAACAUUGCGUUCAACGACACAGACAACUUUGUCAAGAAGACGAGCUUCACGAUCCACAACACUGGGAAGCAAAGCGUUACUUACAGCAUUGGCCAAACGCCUGCUCUGACCAUGUAUACAUAUGGCGAUGGCGACAGUCACUUUCCCGCCCCAUUUCCGAAUCCCAUUGCCGAGGGCGCCUCAGCCAAGCUCUCCUUUUCGCACAACAAGAUUACGGUCGCGGCAGGUAAGUCGGCAGAUAUCACCGUGACGGCCACUCCUCCCAAAGGACUAAACGCCUCCGCCCUCCCCGUUUACAGCGGAUAUGUCACUGUCAACGGCACCAACGGCGAUGGGCUUGUCGUUCCAUACCUGGGAGUUGUCGGCAGCCUGGCCAAGCUGCCAGUGCUCGAUCCCGACUUCAACUACAUGAUCCACUACAACGUCUACUCGACCGUUCCGGCUGCUGAGAACACGACGUACGUUGUGCCCUAUCCCAUCUCGACGGCCGCACAGCCAAUCGACCCUCCACCGGACUAUCCCGCCCCCAUCAUUCAGAUCGACGCCGGCACGCCCCUCCUUCGAGCCGAUCUUAUUGCACUGGGCGAUACGGCUGGCAAGGUCAAUACGACCAAGGUGCUGGGCGUCGAUAUCGUCGGCAGUCUGCCUGGCUUUCCCCUUCCCUUCACUUCGAGGUCUUACUUCGUUACCGCGUUCACGGGGAUGACUCAGGAGGGGAUCAUUGUGCCUGAGGGGAGCUACAAGUUCCUGAUUCGGGCGGCGAAGAUAUAUGGAGAUGUGAGCAAUCCAGACGACUAUGAGAGCAUGCUCACUCAGACGUUCAACAUUCGGUAC